AUGCAGUUCUCUCUGUGCAAGCUGCGUACCCACCAGUGGUGUUUCCUCCUCUUCAAUGUGCUGCUCUUCCAUGCCCUGUUGUUUGGGGCUGACCUUGUUGAGGAGUACCUCCUGCAGCCUACACCUGGCAUCUACACAGAUGGUGCGGUUGUUGAUGUAAGGGAGAAAGCAAGGAAACUGGACCUGAGCAACGCCAGGGAGAAUGUGUCACAAGCCUACCCCAUCCCUAAUCCUAAUGCCUGCAGAAACUCUGACCUCUUCCUGCUUACUCUUAUCUUCAGCUCACCAGCUAAUAUCACCCAGAGAGACACAGUCAGGAGGACAUGGGCCAACCAAACACACAUCCAAGGUUUCCCGGUGCAGGUACUGUUUUUCUUAGGAUCAACUCCAACUUCCGCUGCACAAGAAGCCCUUAUGAGAGAGUCUGACCACCAUGGGGACAUGGUCCAGGGUCAUGCUGUGACUGAUUCAUCCCUCCGUGGUCCAACAGAGAGGACAGUGCUGGCACUCCGCUGGGUGAUCACAUUCUGUCCUGUGGCACGCUUUGUUCUGCUGACCCAAGAUUCUGUGUUUGUUAACCUCCCUGCAAUCGGAGGCUACCUGCUCGGGCUACACAGGCACCCCGAGGACCUUUACCUAGGCAGAGUGAUCCAGAGAGACUCCCCUGACAGGAACCCCUCCAGCCCCGGCUACCUGCCCCCAGCACUCUACCCUGAGAAGUACCUGCCUGAAUACUGUGAUGGAACAGCCUUUGUUCUAUCGCAGGAUGUGGUCCGAAAAGUGUAUGUGGCAUCUGCAGCGGUCCGGGCACCUGUACCAGCUGAUGUUUUUGUUGGCCUUUGUGCUCAGAAGGCUGGUGUGGCACCAACACACAGUGCCAGGUUCUCAGGAAGAAAACACAUCCGCUACAACGCCUGCUGCUAUCGCUAUCUGUUCAGCUCAGCAGGAAUGAAGAGUCAGGAGCUGGAGACAGUAUGGGCAGAUCUGGGGCAGAAGGGUGGAAGAUGUUCACUGUUAAAGACAUACUAUGGCCUGGUGAGAUGCAAGGCCCUCACAUACCUGGAUAAACUGUCUUUCUUCAACUCCCAGGGCCAAGAUUGA